GUUUCCUACACCUGGGGGGGCUGCGUACAGCUCUCUACAACUAUAUCUACGCUAAGAAGUAUGGAGGGACCUUCAUCUUACGUAUGGAAGAUACAGACCAGAGCAGACUGGUGCCAGGAGCUGCAGAGUCUAUAGAGGAUAUGUUGGAGUGGGCUGGUAUCCCCCCAGACGAGAGUCCCCGUGGAGGAGGCCAGUACGGUCCCUACCUCCAGUCCCAGAGGCUGUCCCUGUACAGCCAGGCUGCUGACUCCCUGGUCCAGACAGGGAAGGCCUACCACUGCUUCUGCAGCCAGCAGAGACUAGAAUUACUGAAGAGAGAGGCCCUACGCAGCGGACAGACACCACGGUAUGACAACAGGUGCAGACACCUCCGCCCAGACCAGCUAGAGGAGAAGCUGGAUCAGAAGGUCCCCCAUGUGAUCAGGUUCCGACUGGAGUCUGGAGGGGAACCCUUCAACGACCUGGUCUUCGGGUGGAACCGUCAUGAGGUGGCCCAGGUUGAAGGAGACCCUGUCGUGUUGAAAGCUGAUGGUUUCCCCACCUAUCACCUGGCUAAUGUAGUAGACGACCACCUGAUGAAGGUCAGCCACGUCCUGAGAGGAUCAGAGUGGCUCAUCUCUACCUCCAAACACCUGCUGCUGUACAGGGCUCUGGGCUGGAAGCCCCCUGGUUAUGUUAUUGUUGUUAUUCCAGGGCUCUGGGCUGGAAGCCCCUGGUUAUGUUAUUGUUAUUCCAUGGCUCUGGGCUGGAAGCCCCUGGUUAUGCUAUUGUUGUUAUUCCAGGGCUCUGGGCUGGAAGCCCCUGGUUAUGUUAUUGUUGUUAUUUCAGGGCUCUGGGCAGGAAGCCCCUGGUUAUGUUAUUCCAGGGCUCUGGGCUGGAAGCCCCUGGUUAUGUUAUUGUUGUUAUUCCAGGGCUCUGCGCUGGAAGCCCCUGGUUAUAUUAUUGUUGUUAUUCCAGGGCUCUGGGCUGGAAACCCCUGGUUAUGUUAUUGUUGUUGUUCCAGAGCUCUGGGCUGGAAGCCCCUGGUUAUGUUAUUGUUGUUAUUCCAGGGCUCUGGGCUGGAAGCCCCUGGUUAUGUUAUUGUUGUUAUUCCAGGGCUCUGGGCUGGAAGCCCCUGGUUAUGUUAUUGUUGUUAUUCCAGGGCUCUGGGCUGGAAGCCCCCUGGUUAUGUUAUUGUUGUUAUUCCAGGGCUCUGGGCUGGAAGCCCCCUGGUUAUGUUAUUGUUGUUAUUCCAGGGCUCUGGGCUGGAAGCCCCUGGUUAUGUUAUUAUUGUUAUUCCAGGGCUCUGGGCUGGAAGCCCCUGGUUAUGUUGUUGUUGUUAUUCCAGGGCUCUGGGCUGGAAGCCCCUGGUUAUGUUAUUGUUGUUAUUCCAGGGCUCUGGGCUGGAAGCCCCUGGUUAUGUUAUUGUUGUUAUUCCAGGGUUCUAGGCUAUAAGCCCCUGGUUAUGUUAUUGUUGUUAUUCCAGGGCUCUGGGCUGGAAGCCCCUGGUUAUGUUAUUGUUGUUAUUCCAGGGCUCUGGGCUGGAAGCCCCUGGUUAUGUUAUUGUUGUUAUUCCAGGGCUCUAGGCAGGAAGCCCCUGGUUAUGUUGUUGUUGUUA